AGACCGUCUAGGGUUUGCCUUUCAUUUCUCUGUUCGGCUUCGUUGCUGUUCGGCUUCGUUGCUUCGCAGGAGGUGUAGAGAUUGCACGCGUCGCUUCUUCAGUUCCUUCGCGGCUGUUCUCCUUCGACGGCUUUCCCUUCCUGUCGGAUCGGAAGUUACGACAUUUUGAUCGGUAGCAACAACGGGAGCUUGCUGGCUGUGAAGGUAUGGCACAGUGGCUGCUCCAAACCGAACAAUGGCUCCGACAGGUCGAGCAGUGGGUUCGACAGCAGCCAGCUGAACAACUGUACAUAGCCAUUGCUGUUGUGGUCGUAGCAUCAACUUUACUUAUCAUAUUGCAUAGUGUUAACCGUUCCAAGGCUAAUACUAUUAUAAUUGCUGGGUUAAGUGGCUCCGGAAAAACCAUUCUUUUCUAUCAGCUUCGUGAUGGGUCCUCUCAUCAAGGCACUGUUACAUCGAUGGAACCAAAUGAUGGCGUGUUUGUGUUGCAUUCUGAAGUAGAUAAGAAGGACAAAACAAAGCCAGUUCGUAUGGUUGAUGUUCCUGGGCAUUCCCGUCUUAGACCAAAGCUUGAUGAGUUCUUGCCUCAAGCAGCUGGCCUUAUUUUUGUUGUGGAUGCUUUAGAUUUCUUACCAAACGUUCGAGUCGUGGCAGAAUAUCUCUAUGAUAUUCUAACGAAGGCAAGUAUUGUAAAGAAGAAAAUUCCUGUUCUCAUAUUGUGCAACAAAAGUGAUAAGGUGACGGCUCACUCCAAAGAGUUCAUCAGGAAACAACUGGAGAAGGAAAUCGACAAACUUCGGACUUCAAGGACCGCCAUUUCCACUGCUGAUGUCACCAACGAGUACACUCUUGGUGUGCCAGGAGAACUCUUCAGCUUCUCUCAGUGUCAGAAUCAAGUGACAGUGGCUGAAGCCUCUGGCCUCACUGGUGAGGUAUCUCAUGUUGAACAGUUUAUCCGAGAGCAUGUCAAACCCUAAAGGACGAGAAAUUAUUAUGCGCGGAGUCCGGAUACGUCCGGACUCCAAUAAAAAUGUGACACCUGUCUUUGUACACAGUGUGUACAACUGUGCACACUAUGCAAAUUAUAUACAUAGUGUGUACAAACUUAUGUAUAUAAUAUACACACUAUGCACAAAUUUGUACGUAGUGUGUAUAAGGACAUAUGUCGUGUUUUUAUUGGAGUUUGGACGUAACUCUACGUCCAGACUCCGCACGUAAUAAUUUAAACUUUGUUUAUCUAUUACAUUGCAUAUGUCCAUGGCCUGAGCUUUUCUUUCGUUGUGAUGGAUUAAUGAUGAUGCUUUUAAGCAACUGGCUGUAUUUUUUUGUUAUUUGAAACAAUAUAAAACCAUCCAUUCUACCUAGUUGGCUUACAAUUUGUGUCCAAGCUAACUGGGUCGGCAUUGGUGGCUCUAUUUAUUUGAUUCUACGAAGUUUUGCAGAUUUAAUCUGGUUUGAGAAGAA